GCGUGGGAGCAAGUUUUUUAUUUUAGACGGCGAUCCUGUGCCUUCUGAAUUUAUUAUUGAGUGAAAUAGUCUUGAAAUAGUCUCUUGAAAUGGUGAAAUAGUCUUUUACGCGUGUCACUGGAAGCUCCACAACACUAGUUCACACUUAGUGCCCUGGUUCACAAUCACACCUGAAGCUGCUGAACUCCUGCUGGUCUCAGCUGAAACGUUUUUGGGCUGAAAGUGAUAGUAUGCCUAUAUAAACUGUUUGGCAGUACUUUCAGAAGUUUUUAUUUGUAGCUUCUUAUCAGAUGUAAACUACUUCAACUUGAACUUGGCUAGGCUAUCAAGCUGUAUGUGGCCAUGUGUGUCUACAUUUAACUUCAGACUAAAUUCUGCAUAGACAGGCAUGGCAUUGUACGAUUGUGGGUCAGAGGGCUGAGCCAAUGCAACUAGUAGGUAGUAUGUACUGUACUGCAAGUUCUGUUCUUUGUCCUUGUGAAUUCUUUCAUUCAAAAGAUUUGGACUUAAUUUUGGGUAUUAGUAGAGCAGACAUCACACGAAGGUUUUCCAACCAAGGAGAGGCGCCAUACCCGGUGGUGCUUCUUUCAAGGGAAACCUAAACAAACCUAACCUAACCUGACCUAACCUAAAACCUACAACCUACAAACCUACAACCUAAAAAACUACAACCUACAACCUACAAACCUUCCCUACAACCUACAAACCUACAGCGCCUCUCCUCGGUUGGAAAACCUUUGUGUGACGUCUGCUCUACUAAUGCCUAAUUUUGUAUGUAAAAGCCUGUCAGUAACUCCCUAUGUGCCAUUUAAUUGCCACAGAAAGGAGCUGAAAUACCCAAAGUGAAUGUUUUUUAAUGCAGUCAUGAAUACGAUUCAUGCUAACUGUUUUGAAAUUGCAAGUUCACUGAUCUGAUGAUGACAUUGAGGUGAAAUGUAUCUUUGAUAAAGUGUUGUGACUUCCUUUUCAGAUACUUCUUUUGUCGAAGAGUUGACAAUAUUCAUAGCAUGUUCUUAACCAAGCUACCAGGCUUUGGUAUCAUUCGCUAUGCGAUUUCCACAAGCAUAAUGGUUGGUGCUGCUCCUGAAUAUUAUGCUGUCUGGCUUGGGUGGAGACUUUUCUCCAUUCCACUGCCUGCAUGGCUGUACCAGAAGGUGGAUGAUAUGCUAUAUUCCACCUAUCAGAGACUGGUGCUUCUGUUCUUUGAACAUGGCACUGGCUUAAAGAUCUACUUUUAUGGAGAUGCUGAUGAAAUAUUCAAAAAGAAGGAGAAUGUGCUGUACAUCAGCAAUCAUCAAAGUACAGUCGACUGGGUGGCCUGCAACAUGGUGGCGGUGCGGCAGGGCUCGCUCGGCCACCUGCGCUUCGUCAUGAAGGACGGCCUCCAGUGGCUGCCGCUGUACGGCCACUACUUCUACCAGCACGGCUGCAUCUACGUGCGGCGCGGACAGUUCAGACAGGACAAGAUGAUGCGCGGACUCGAGUAUCUGCAGCAGGAGCGUGUACAGUCGUGGGUGGCAGUGUUCCCCGAGGGCACCCGCUACGACCCCUCCAAGCCGGAGGUGAUCCGGCGCUCCGAGCAGACUGCGCUCAGCAGCGGGUUCCAGCCGCUCAAACACCACCUCACGCCCAAAACCAAAGGCUCGUGGCUGACGCUGGACCGUCUGCGCGGCUCGCUGGAGGCCGUCUAUGACGUGACCGUGGUGUACGAGGGCAGCUAUCGACACCGAGAGAGACGGCGGGCCAGGACCGUGGCGCUCAUCGACUUCCUGCGCGGCUUCUGCCCGGCGAUGCAUAUCCACGUGCGGCGUAUCCCCAUCUCAGAGGUGCCCACCGACGAACAGGAGUUUCAGCGAUGGAUGUACCAGCUCUACGAGCAGAAAGACAGGUUCGUGGCGCCGUUCUACUCGCCGUCAGACGACUCGGGCGCCGAGCUGGCGGCCCGGCUCGGCGGCCGGCCGCACCCCCUGCCUCUGACCGCCACCGUGCCCUCGCUGAUGGCGUUCGCGGCGCUGGCCGUGCCGCUGCUGGGCUCUGAGCUGGGCCGCCGCCUGUACGCCGGCACUCUACUGUACGGCACGCUGGCCGGGUACCUGUGGCUUGGCAUCCGGGCGGUCUGCUGAGCGCCCACCUCCGGCCGGCCGGCUGUGGCCCCCCAGUAGUAGCUCAUCUAGACGUCUGUGUAUCAGUUUGUGUACGUGGUGACUUUACGUGCUGUGAUUACGUUCGGUGGUGACGUGAAAUCGCACCUAAUGCAAUCCUUUUCCAAGACGGGUCGGUGUGCAGUCGGCGGCGACUAGUGCCACCCAGUGAUACGAGAGGUGUCCUAAGAGGGACGGGCUGCUCAGAAACAUCAGGGAGGUGAAGUCCUGGUAGUGCACAAACAGCCAGGUAGCUGGUCAUUCAACCAGACCUGCCUUGAGUUGGUUUUUAGCUGUUUUACGCUGUACUUCUUACGGCCUUGCCCGUCUUGUGUCGCUGCCACUGAGUUUGAAUGUGAGCUUACAUUUUGACAACGGAUUGUUCCCGCGUUCUGUGAUGUCACGAGUCGGACAAGUCUCGCCGGCCUUAUCAUAUGCACUUGGACGAUGCUCGAUGCACUCUCAGUCCUGACGUACCUGUUUGAUUCGUUACGCCAACGAACAAUCGAAACGGUAGGAGUGGCGCCUGCCCACUGCCUUUGACAAUCGAGUUUACUAUGUUGUGCAUGCUGUGUGUGUCCUGCUAUGCAUAUGCUGACGAUCUCAACCCCGGCCAGAAAUAAGCGGUAUUACUGCACGCUGUUGCAGUUUGUGUCUGCGAUUUGUUUGGUGAUUGUUGUCUGUGCAAUAAGCUGUGAAGUGUGCCGUGUCUAAUAAACUACAGCGAAUGUGCAA